AUGUCUUCUAACUUGUAUCUGUAUAUAGAGUGGGGAGAGUUUCUGCAUCAACCGGGACGCAAAUACACAGAUUUCGAAGAAAUCAUGAAAGAGAUUGAAGCCGAGACAGACCGCAUGACAGGGUCUAACAAGGGUAUCUCGAACAUCCCCAUCAAUCUCAAGGUCAUGUCACCCCAUGUAUUGGAUUUGACCCUGGUUGAUUUGCCUGGACUGACCAAGGUGGCUGUGGGCGAUCAGCCUGCGGAUAUCGAGCAGCAGAUCCUGGGCAUGAUUAUGGAGUUCAUCACAAGGCCGAAUUGUCUCAUUUUGGCCGUGUCGCCUGCAAAUGCCGAUUUAGCCAAUUCCGAUGCCCUCAAACUAGCGAAAGAAGUGGAUCCACAAGGACUACGAACGAUUGGAGUGAUUACGAAGUUGGAUCUCAUGGACCAAGGCACAGACGCGCGUGAAAUCCUCGAGAACAAACUACUGCCACUGCGCAGAGGAUACAUCGGUGUAGUCAACCGCAGUCAGAAGGACAUCACAGGCAAGAAGGACAUCCGCGCCGCACAGGAGGCCGAGCGAAGGUUUUUCUCCACGCACCCCGCGUACCGCCACCUGGCACAGAAUAUGGGAACGCCGAAACUACAGAAAGUGCUGAACCAACAGCUGACCAACCACAUCAGAGACUCACUGCCACAGCUCAGAUCCUCGCUCACAGGCCAAGUGAUGCAGCUGGAGAAGGACUGCUCUGGAUUCAAACACAUGAUGGGAGGACGCAAUGCGUCGACUAAGCAACUCAUGCAGCUGCUGCAUCAGUUCAGUGACAAGUGGUGGAAGUCCAUCGACGGCAGUGCGGAUAUGGUCUCCUUCGAUGAUCUCAGCGGUGGUGCCAGGAUCAACCGAAUCUUCUUCGAGCGUUUCCCGUACGAGCUCAGUAAACACGAAUACGACGAACGCUUGCUGCGCAAAGAGAUCUCAUACGCCAUCAAGAACAUCCACGGUAUCCGCUCAGGACUGUUCACCCCUGAUCAAGCCUUUGAGACGAUCUGCAAGAAACUGAUAGAACGUCUGCGUGCGCCGUCGCUGUUCUGUGCGGAGAUGUGCAUGACUGAGCUCAUGGCCCUGACUGAUUACUGCGGCGAAGAACUGAGCCGAUUCCCGCGUCUAAGAGAGGAGGUGAACACGUUGGUGGUACAAUACAUCAACGAAGCACACGCCAAGACAGAGGAUCAGAUAGAUCUGUUUAUCAACACAGAGUUAUCAUACAUGAACACCAACCACCCCGACUUCAUUGGCUUCCAGAACGCCAGUGCUGCUGCCGAGUCAGGAAGCAAAACGGCUGGGCCGAAGAGAAGGACACCGGUCGGCAAUCAAGUGAUCCGAAAGGGAUGGUGUGGAACGCCCAGCGGAUACACCGGCAGUCACAAGGAAAUGUGGUUUGUGCUGCAAUCGGAGACCUUGGCCUGGUAUAAGGAUGAAAGUGAGAAGAAGCAAUACCAAUUGAUCCGAUUAGACGGAUGCCGCACCCGAGAUAUCGAGAAGGGCACUUUUGGUCGACACAAGUACAUGUUUGAGCUAUACCACCCAGAGCUCAAGUACUUAUACAAAGACAACAAAUCGCUGGUACUGAGUACGGCAUCUGACGAAGCGUUAGAUACGUGGAAGGCUGCCUUCUUACGCGCCGGAGUAUUCCCGGACAAGGCCGUGCACGAAGAUGAGGAAGAAGUGGAAGAAACAGAGGAGAUGCAGCCCAACACCGACCCCAUGUUGGAGAGACAGGUGGAGACCAUCCGUAACCUGGUGGAUUCCUAUAUGGCUAUCAUUGGUAUCAACAUCCGAGAUAUGAUCCCGAAGUGCGUUGCCCGACUGAUGGUGCAGAAGGUCAAGAUCGACAUCGAGGAGGAACUCGUGGCUGGGCUGUUCAAUGCCGGGUCACCAGAUGACCUGUUAGAGGAGAGUGAGUCUGAGAAAGCUCGGCGCGAGGAUAUGCUGAACAUGUUAAGCAUGGCUAAGAAGGCCCUCAAGAUCAUCGGCGAUGUGAACGUUACCACCAAGUACGAAAACGCACCCCCGCCCAUCUCAGAGGAGCGAGAUAUACUUGCACAGAAGGCACAUCGAUCAGCCAGUGACAGGCGUGCACCAGCACCUCAUAGAGCCCCCGCACAAAGCAUUGGGGCCGGAGGUCCGCCUCCCCGUCCAGGCGCAUCUCCUCAGCCUGGCGCAGGUCGCCCUCCGCCCAGAAGUGCGGGACCCACCGCCGGUGGUGGUAGACCCGCACUACCUCCACGCAAGUAGAGAGAGAGACAUUCGUACUAUCUCCGAUUUAAUAAUAAAUGUUCCUG